AUGUCUUCAGAACGUAUAUAUGAUAGCUCACCAGAGUCACUUCUUAACCUAUGCAUGGACUAUAUUGUCGCUAAUUUAAACAUAAUUACGAAAUUAGAUACAACAAGCCGGUGGCGCAAGUUAAAAGACGAUAUUAUACUACCAGUCGAGAUUUGUGAAAAAUUUUUACAGGCCUACCAAAAAAAGAACCGUGUCAAUAAUAAUAUCGCGAACUUGUUUCGUGACCGUACCCGAACUCGUCUAGAUUCUGUGAGGCUGCGUAACUCACGCAUUACAGAUGAAGGUCUUAGGUUCUUAAUGGAACAUAAACCUCAUGAAGUGGAAUUGGUACAAUGUGAAUACCUGUCACAAGCGUCAAUAGACAUAAUUAACAAUAACAGCGAAAAUCUAGUCUCUUUAAAAUUUGGCCCUCUAACAUAUGUGUUCUCACAAGAGCCCCAGGAGAACCUGUUCCGUCCCCGUCGCUAUGUAAUUAAUGCUCCAAAAUUACGACGAUUGACUAUACAUUGUAGAGGUAUGGCUAUUUUCCCCCUACUUUUACUUAAACCACGUCAAUUACAUCAACUGACUCACCUAGAUCUGUCUGAAUAUCAAUCAAAUACAACAUGGGCACUACAUGAGCUAAAAAAUUUAAAAUCUCUCGUACUUCAUAGUGUAUUAUGGUCAAGAGAUAUAAUUGACUGGAUUUCAACUUUGGAAACACUUCGCCACCUGGAUAUAUCACAGGCAAAUGAGAGACAAGGCAAAUAUUUCAAUCCAAACGAGGUUUUGGCUCAGGUCGUAACAAAUUUGCCUCUGCUAGAGUCUUUGGACAUAUCUGGGACAAAUCUAGCAGGCACAGGUUCAGCUGUACCAGCGUUGACUAAGGGACCUUCUGAUGGAUCAGAAGUACAUGUCCGUUGUGAUAUCCCAGGCCUUGUAAGUCGUGUAGAUAGACCCCUUGAAUUUCUCGGCUUAUAUGGAACUCAUCAUGGAGCUUGCAAAAGACAUGAUAUUCCAGCUAAAGUGAUAACUGGUGAUGCAAAUGAGGAACAGAUUCUUACUGCUGGAGUGGCAUACAUGGACCGUCCAGCAGUAUUGACACGAGUAUUAAAUGAUUUAUAUUACAUGUUCCGCAGUACUGAAAGAUAUAAUUCUUACGUUGGUCGGGCACUCACUGUAGUUCUAGACGCAAUGGAGCAGCAUGUGUCAGAAAAACACAUCCAAAUAUCUGGCAGUGCUACUCUAUUCUACAUAGUUAAGGGCAAAGAAAAGCCACGCAUUGGUAUAAAUUUGAAACGGCGCAUAAUAACGGCUCUACUUGAUGGAAUGGAAGCCCAUCUCGGUGAUGAUACAAUGAUGAGAAAUGGCUGUCUUACACUCUGCCAGUUCAAAAUACCAACUGAUGUGUUGUUCGAAUAUGAGCGUGUGGUACAGAUUCUUUUAAACGGGGUAGCUGACGUUAAUCAAGAGGGUUUCGUGCAACGUAUAGCUAUCUAUCUCCUCAACUCGCUGGCGUGCCAGGUGGACGGCAAACAGAAGCGUUUCCUUGGCAACAAUGGAGCUAUUGAGAAAAUGUUAAAUCUCAUCUCGGACCGCCUAGACAGGCACGUCUGUGAUGAUGUACUGGAGGUCGCUUGGUCCACCAUGUGGAACGUUACAGACGAAACCCCGCAAAACUGCCAACGCUUCCUGGAUAACCGUGGAAUGGAGUUUUUCCUAGCUUGUCUCAAGAAUUUCCCAGACAAAGAAGAGCUGCUACGGAACAUGAUGGGACUACUCGGCAACGUGGCCGAGGUGGCCGAACUGCGUCCUAAGCUCAUGGACAAGUUAUUUCUUAGCGUCUUCUACGACUUACUUGAUUCAUCUAGUGAUGGAAUUGAAGUUAGUUAUAAUGCUGCGGGAGUCCUAGCUCACAUGGCGUCAGACGGCCCCGAAGCGUGGACAGUAGAGGAACCUGCCCGUGAAGCCGUGCUCGCUAGGAUUGCGUCUGCAGUAGAGAGAUGGGACCUCAGUGCUGAAAGGAACAUAAACUAUCGCUCCUUCGAACCGAUACUGAGUCUUCUGCACGCUCAUCAUACACCACAGUGUCAGCACUGGGCAGUCUGGGCGUUGGCCAACUUGACCACUGUGUACCCCGACAAAUACUGCAGCUUGGUCGAAGCCGAGGGCGGUCUGAAGUUGCUCCACGACCUCCUCCAGCACCCGGACCCCUACGUGAUGAUCAAGGAUCUAGCUUGGAUUGUGAUCCAUAAUUGCGCCCGCCAUGCCCUCCGUGACCUCUCGACACCGCCUGCUUCGCCGGACAAU